AAUCAACACCGGAAGUGAUUCCGGCGGUUUCCGCUGGUCGGAUUUGUAGUCUUUUUUACUUCUCUGAGGAAGAAGACAGUUUGACAGGGUGAAUGUGGAUAGUGAUAGAUUAAACAAACAUGAACUUUAAAUUCCGGGCUGCAACUAAAGAAGACUGCAAAGACAUAUCGAGACUGAUACUGGACCUGGCGGUUUAUGUAAAAAUGCCUGAGCAAGUGAAGACAUCUCCUGAAGAGCUGGAGCGGGACGGCUUCUGUCAGAAUCCCUUCUUUGAAUGCCUCGUCGCAGAAGUGCCCGAGGAGCAUAAAUCUAAAGAAGGAAGAGGCAUAGGCAAGGGUUUACUGUGCAAAGUUGCAGAGGUGGGGAAGAAUAAGCAGUGUGCCCGACUAGAGUUGACUGUGUUCGACUGGAAUACACCCUCUAGAAAAUUCUAUGCUGCUAAAGGAGCUCAGGACCUUACCGAAAGCGAAGGCUGGCACUUUUUACGCUUUGACAAACAAAGCAUGGACAAUUUAGCAAAUGAAGCCGCAAAAGAUUAAAAGUCUGCAACUUGGGGCGACCUCUAGCUCACCUGGUGGGCUGAGUCUUUUGCAGCGGCCUGGGUUUGAUUCUGGCCUGCAGCCCUGAGCUGUGUGUCAUCAUAUAUUUGUGUCUGUAUAAAUAAAAAACAGGGGGGAAGAUUUUGGCCAGUGUCCCAGCAGCGCAAUGUGAUAGGACUUGAAUAAAGGCAAUCCCAGCUGUGAUACCAUAUGAUCUCACUAGGUGGCGUACUAAGGCAACUGAAAAUUAUAUGAUUUGUCACUCUCUCAGUGGACAUUCAGGUAAUGCUGUAGCUACAUGGACCAUACCUCCACUUAUACGUCAUGACAACAGGCCCAGCUGUGAGCAUUUUUUGCUUUGGUUAAAGGAAUCGAAGGAGAUUAUAAUCUGCAAACAAGCUCUGUAACCCCAAAACUUCUUUCAUCUGAACAUGUGAGCUGGAAUUUUUUGUAAUUUCUAAAAUAAAGUGCCACUGCUCAA